GCGCCUUGGAAGCGGCCGCCGGAGAGCCAGCCGCGCCCGGUGCCGCCACGGCAAGAGGACCUAAGACGGAGAAGCCUCCAUUGGCGCCAGACUCCUCCCGAACGCGGCCCCUCCACGACUGGCUUGAAGAUAACCCAACUGGCCCGGGUUUCUCUUUGCCCAAGCCCACCCAGAUCUACCCAUUUACUGGGGCAGAAAGACAAAACAUCGGGAAGUCCCAAAGCCUGCUGCUGUGUCCAUUUCCCCCUUCCCAUCCAGGCCUUGCAUCCCCCCGCCCCCAUUCCACCUUUUUUCCCCCCAAAGAUGUGUUACCAGCAUCUUUGCCCUCCUGGCUGGUAAAUUCCACCCCUUUUAUCAGCUCCUUGAUUAUUAAAUCCAGGGUGGUAAAAACAACAGCGAAAAAGGGAGGGAAGAAGCAGUUUGUCGUGUGCUCGCCCAAGUUUGGCCCUGAUCCUGGCCAGCUCCUCUCCUCCCAGGCCCGGGGAAUGCCGUUCCCAUCUUCUAGGCGCUCGGCCGGGCCUUGCCAUUCUCCAGCCCUCUCCGAGUUCCUUGGGUGGCUCACGGGUCAACACGGAGCUAGACACGCCUGCACCCUGUCCUCCAAAGCCCGUCUCUGCCAGUCCUGGGGCAGGCCCCACGGCGUCUCCGCCUCAGUGGCCCCCCGGCCUUAGCUUCUGCUCCCGUGACCCCACAGCCCCCUGGCGCUCCCCAGCCCCAUGGCAGCCAAGUGGUUCAAGGAAUUCCCGUCCAAUUUAAAAACGGUUUCGGAGCGUGCCAAGUGCAGUGCCUCCCGCAAAGGGCUAGCGGCACCCGAAGCCGGCACAGCAUCGCUGCCGAGCAAGAAUCGCAAGAACUCGGCCACGGAGCUGAGUGGCCUUCGGACACUGCUGGCGCCAGGGAAGGAUGGCGGGGGCAGCCGACUGUCGCGGGACAACCUGCAGGGCCUGCUGCAAGCCGCCACGGGGAAGAUACGCAAAAACUCCCGGGUGGACGGGGCCCCGCCGGAGGAGCUGGCCCGGGGCGCGGCGAAAGGCUGUGGGACCUACAUCAGCCGGCUCAUCAAGGUGGAAGCCCACGAGAAAAACGGGAAAGGUUACACCGGGACUGCACCGAACCCCAGUCCACUUCCUGCACCGGAGCCAGAGAAACCGAAACAGGAGACGGUUAUUAUCCUCGAGGAUUACGCCGACCCUUACGAUGCCAAGCGAACCAAGGGGCAGCGCGAUGCGGAGAGACUAGGAGAAAACGACGGCUACAUGGAGCCCUAUGACGCACAGCAAAUGAUUACCGAGAUCCGGAGGCGCGGUUCGAAGGACCCCCUCGUCAAAGCGAUCCUGCUCCUGGACGAGCCGGGGGACCCAGCGGCAAAGGGGGAUGCGGCCGCGAAGCGCCCGGGGGCCAAAUCGCCACAGCUCUAUGACACCCCGUAUGAGCCGGCGGAGGCAGGGCCCAAGUCGGAGGCACGGCUUCCGGAGAACGACGAGCGGCCCCCGGCCGAAUACGAACAGCCCUGGGAGUGGAAGAAGGACCAGAUUGUGAAAGCUCUCUCAGUGCAGUUUGAGGGGUCGGAGAAGCCCAUGGCGCCCAAGGACGAGGGGCUGGUACUGCCACGGCAUCGCCGCCAGAGGAGCUGGCCCUCCAAGAUGGUGAAGCCGACAGUCACGGCAGAAACUGGAGCAGAAGGGGAGCGCGUGGAUCCAGCUGUUGCCCUUGAGAAACAGCCCUGGUUCCAUGGCGCCAUCACACGAGCCGAGGCAGAGAGCCGCCUGCAGCCGUGCCGGGAGGCCGGGUACCUGGUGCGCACCAGCGAGACGGGGACCAGCAAGUACUCCAUCGCCCUCAAGACCAGCCAGGGCUGCGUCCACAUCAUAGUGGCCCAGACGAAGGAUCACAAGUACACCCUGGACCAGGCCGGCGGCGUCUUCCACUGUGUGCCCGAGGUGGUGCGGUUCUACUCCACCGAGAAGCUGCCCUUUAAAGGAGCCGAACAUAUGACCCUCCGUUACCCAGUGCCGGCCCCCAGCAAGGCCCACUAGCCCUCGCCGCUCCCCUCCUGGCGUUGGAACUCUCUUGGCCGGAGAACCCGCGGAGGACAAGGGACCCCCCGGCAGGCAAGCGACGGCCACGAAUCGGCCGAGGCCCCCCUCCCCGGCCUCGUCCAGGUCUUUCCCGGCUUCCGUCGCACCCUAGCACGACCUCGGCACUCCUGGCAAAGAGCCAGGGCUACGAAGGCGAAAGCGAGCCCAUUCAGCUCUAUGGGGCAUGAGGAGUGGGUUUGCAGGCCGGGAUCUUCUUGCCUGGUAUGCUGCAGUCAGCAGUCUGCCCCAGUACAGCCCCAGAGUACCUUCCCUUGCUUUCUCCCAUAGGAGUGAAUGGGUACCGUCGGGGAAAUGCACAUCUACAUGCCCUGACCAACGUCAUGUUAACCCUUCGAAAGGGAGCAAAGGGGAGUCACUCCAGUCUUUAAUUCAAAGGGUUUCCCCCCCAGAAAGGUUUGUUUUUUGUUUUUUUAAAGCCUUGAAGUGGCCAGGAGGUGAUAAAAAGAGCCACUUUUUAAAAGACUAAUUCUUUCAGGCACUAGGUUGAGAAUAAGUUGCCUAAAUAUUUAACUCGCUGGAGAAGAGCCUGAUUCUGGGAACGAUUGGCAGCAAAAUUGUUGUAAGCCGCCCCAAGGCUUCGGCGAAUGGGGCGGCAUAAAAAUGUUUUAAUUAAUAAAUAAAUAAUA